AUGACUGAAGACACCAACGUAAUCUCUGUAGACCCUACAGCAAGGCGGCGAAAUGUCGCGGCCUGUCUCCAAUGUGCAAAGACAAAAACGAAAUGUGAUAAAGAUUAUCCAUGCUCUCGUUGUUUACGGAAAGGCAUACCCUGUGUUCCUCGAUUAGCACGAACUACAAAGCUAGCUCGCGAAACGUCGCCACCUGCUGGUCCAUCUGGUGAGCUUUCUGAGACUCUGAACGCUGGAGGGAAAGGUGGAACCAGUGCUCACUACUCCACGAACCUAUGUCCUCCUCCUGCCGUGACCUCCGGUGGGGGCGAUCCUUCAAAUACUCAGACAUUAACUUCAUCUAGCUCUCCGACCAGUGUUGUUGCUAGAGGAGGCAUGUGGUUUGAUGAACGCACCAAUACUCUUCAACGUUCAAGAACAGGAACGACACCCGCUGAUGAAUCUGCCAUUGCACUUGAGGCCGAGUGCAACGAAGCUGAACUCAAUCUGCCAAUUGAUGCCAACCCCAACUUUGAACUCAGUGCGACACCAACGUUUCCUCAGCUCCCAUCGGUUCCGUUUGCACUUAGUGAGCAUGGUCAACAUCUUUCGUUCAAAUCUCCUGUCAGCCUUCCGGCACCACUUUCGAUGGUAGAUUCCCCCAACGACGCCAUUCAUAACCUGCAGACUUAUGGUCUGUUGCUCAAUCAUGGUACACAAGAGGUCGCACCAGAAGUUAGUGUUGGCUCCAAGAAUUUCAUUGAAAAAUUCCAAGCACAUAGUACUCUCUCCGAUACCAGUUUUUUUGCCUUGGAUGCUAUGACGGACUACUCCAAGUUACAAGUUCUUGACCCCAGUGACCUGGGAUUCUUUGAUGGCUCCAUCAAUCUUCAAGGCGCCUUCAACAUACCUGCAGACAGCAGCUCUAUGCUCGAUCCAAUCGUGUCCUUCGGAGAAACGGUGACUCUACCUCCAGCCCAUGAAAACGAUCGUCCGCCAGAUCUUGAUUACUGGAACAUCUUUCAAUGCACGCCUUCGCUCAAUGAUUCUCCACCUCAUGUGAAUCGGGCUUACGUGGCACAGCUGGAGCGGAACUUCCGAGCGCCGGGACCAUGGUCUACUAUGCCCAAUGACUGGCGCGAGCGGCUGCUGCCCCCAGAAGAAAGGUUCACCAAUGUGCCUCUGAGCGACGAAACAAGAGAACGAAUGAUAGUCAUAGCUCAAACCUUUCUCCGCCUUACUUUGGACUCUCAUGGCGUCGGCAUCAACGCUACUCCGAACAAUCUUCUGGCCCAAGAGCCUCCAUACCAUCAUUCGGGUUGUCUCUCCAUGCCUCCUACCAAAGUCCUCUACGCAUACCUAGAGACGUUUCUGGCUAGCUUCGAGCCUUAUUACCCUUUAUGCCCUGCACGAGCACUGAAUCCUAAUAAAUUGGCUGCCAGCAGUAACGAGAAAGGUGCAACGUUGUUGCUUCUCCUCAUGGUCGCCUACGGGGCAAUGAAAGAGCCAGCUGCUAAAGCUCGGUAUUUGUCAGCCUCAAUCCUUGAGAUAGCCCGGCUUUCGAUCUUAGACCAUCUGGAAAAGGAUCACACGUCUUCGCGAAGAGUGCUGACCAUGCACUGCGGCCUCUUAUCCACGGUCCAAGAAGCGUUUGGUGGCGAAAAGUGGCACAUGGACAUUGGCAUGGGUCAAAGACACGCAUUCUUUACCAUGAUGAGACAUGCAAGCUUCUUUCGCUGGUCAGACCCAAAACAUUGGUUGAACACACACAACAACGAUUUGCACACAACGUGGAAGGGCUGGAUGGAAAAAGAGAGCAUCUCUCGGUUAGCAUAUAGCUGGGUCCUGGCCGACCAGGAGAUCAGCUUGGUAUUUGACAGUCAACCAAUUCUCAAGAUAACCGAACUUGAAGUUUCCCUUCCAGCUGAUGAUAGUCUAUGGCUGGCUACUAACGCGAGCGACUGGGCAAAAAAUCUAGGUGCAAGAGAAGGCAUGGUGGAAAACAUGGGUGGCCUGCUGAGCAAGCAACAACAACCAUCCUUGCGACAAUUAUUCCAGUCACUACUUGAGGAUCGUCUAAGCCAUGUCAAGCGCCCAUUGCAAAUAUUGCAUAUGAGACUUCUCCUUUAUCCCAUCCAAAUUCUUGUGUACCAACAAAGCCAGUUGCAGGCCUGCUUCCCAACACAGAAUCUCGCUACGAAGGGGUCGAAAAGGGCCUUGGAAAUUUCUUACGCGGUUCGCUCAAAUGAUAUCGAAUGCCUCCUUCAGCGGUGGAAACAGUAUUUCGACAAUUUACCACAUGCGCAAAUACGCUUGCGCAUGAUGAGACAGGCUGCGCUCAUCAUUUACCACCUCAUCUGCCUUGACGUGCAUGUUUCUAUUGCCGACAUUGAACGAUUUACUCGAGGUGAAGCAGCGGCAUUCUCGAGUGCAGAUCUGUGCUACUUUGAUGAUCAUUGGCUUCAAUGUCCAGAGGCAGUAAUCGUCCACAGUGGUCAGAUCCUAGGCCUCACUCGCCAGACCGAACCCGAGCUACGACCGUUGUGGUGGGGGGCGGCGGUCUACCGUGCAGCCAUUGCGCUAUGGAUCUGUGGGGUAUUCCGGUCAAGAGGGAGAAUUAAAUCCCAUAUGUACGUUGCUAACAGCAGCACAAGAACUGUGCCAGUCGACACUACAGACGAUCAUGAACCUACUAUGCAGGCAUACCUCAAUGAACGCAGAGGCACCCCUUGUCUGACGAGGCAAGACGGCACACGCGUGUCGCUAGACGAUCCUGCUGUAAUCCUCGACGUCUGCAUCGAGACGCUCGAUUGUGGACCCGUGGUGACAAAAUUCUGCCAGGGCGCAAAGUGGAAGCUCAAAACAUUACGAAAAGCCUGGGAAGCACUGAGUUAG